AGUAUUACAAAAAUCAUUUAAACGAAAAACAUGGCCUCAAUAUUGAGAACCGGUAAAUUUCUACGGUAUUUUGCUGGUUUUACGCGAAAUGUUGUCGUGAAUACUGUACGGGAGCCGGAUAGCAGCUCUCUGCUUCAGAAUACCACAUGCAUGUGCACACAAUUCCAAAAUGGCUUCGCCAAUGGUCCCGCAGCAGCACCCAAAGCUGAUCUCAGCCUGGACAAACAAAUCAAACGUUUGGAUAAAGAUGUCCGUCGUAUGGGUCGUAUAUCACGCCGAGACAUUGAAGAUGUUCUCGAAGAGAUACGCACACAACGUUCCGCUACCAGCUCUCAAUCACUGUUGGUAAUUAGAUGUUGUGGUAAUUUGGUCCCAGAAGAAUUACCCGAAGUACGCACAGCAUUGGUGCAGGAAAUAUGGAAAACGUUAAAUGCUCUAAAUGUACCCAUGGACAUAUCACAUUACAAUGCUUUGUUGCGUGUCUAUUUGGAAAAUGAACAUCAAUUUUCACCGGCCGAUUUUCUGGCUGAAAUCGAAUCAAAGUCAAUUGAACCGAAUCGGGUGACAUAUCAACGUUUGAUUGCUCGCUACUGUCAGCAAGGUGAUAUUGAUGGAGCCACAAGGAUUUUGGAAUAUAUGCGAGCAAAGAAUUUGCCCGUUAACGAGGCCGUAUUCAAUUCAUUGAUUUUGGGACACUCACAGGCUGGUGACAUGGAAUCCGCCAAAGGUAUUUUGUCCGUUAUGAAACAGGCCGGUUUGGAAGCCAGCGCUGAUACCUAUACCACUCUGUUGUGCUGUUAUGCCAAACAUGGUGAUAUGGAUAGCAUCAAUAACACCUUGGCCGAAUGCGAAAAGAAUGAAAUUCUCCUGUUGGACAAGGAUAUUUUAGAUAUUAUCUAUAAUCUUGCCAUUAAUGGUCAUGGUGAUAAGGUGGAUAGUCUUUUGACCAAAUUCCAUCGUUCGGCUGGUUUCAAUCAAGAUUGUGCCAACAUUAUUUUGCGUCUAACCAAUAGCGGCUAUGAAGAUGUUUGCCUUAAGUUGUUGCGUAUUAUGCCACGUGGUAAUCGCCCAGAUGGUCAACCCGUUGAUGUGGGUACAUUCUUUAUACGCCAAUUGGUUAAGGCCAAUCGGCCAGUGGAGAAGAUAUUGGCUAUUUGUAAAACUUUGCAGGAUGAGGGUUUAAAUUCCAAGGCUUUGUUGGUGGCCACUGAGGCUGGCCUAACCCAGGGUUUGGUGAACAGCACCCUGCCUUUGUUAACGGAAAUGAAAAAUGCCGGCAUCCCCGUAAGACAACAUUAUUUCUGGCCCUUGAUUUGCUCUGUGGAACCAAAUCAAAUUGUUGGCAUUUUACGUAAAAUGCAAGAGGAGUUCAAUAUGACCCCAUCCGCUGAGACCAUACGUGAUUAUGUUAUCCCCAACCUCAAGGAAAAGAAUUCCGAUAAAAUCAUAACUUUGUUGCGUGAUGUUGGUGUUUCCAAUGGCACCGCUGCUGCCGCCACUUGCUGUGCUGCCCUCAACAAUCAUCAAAUUAAGGAGGCCGCCACCAUUAUGGAAAACUACAGUGCCAUUUAUAAUCUGCAAACUUUCCGCCAGCCAUUGAUUCAAGCUUUUGGCAAGGUACAAAACUAUGAUGCAUUUGUACAAUGUGCCCGCCAGCUGUAUGAAAGUGCUCAAAAGAAGACUACCACCAAUGCUGCUACUACCACUCCUUCCGCCACAAAGUCCGAACAAGCUAAUGAGGAGGCAGAAACUGAGGAAUUAGAUUUGCCCACCAAUAAUAAGGGAGGUGUUGAUGUUGUUGGCGAUUUGGUGGUGGAUGUUGCCUCAUAUUUCCGUACAGAACGUGUUAAGGUAUUGGAACGUUUGCUGCCCAAAUUGGUGCAACAUGGCUUUACCAUCAGCAAUCAAAAUGCCGAGAAAUUAUCGGAUAAAUUGGGCUCCGAUAUGACCCCCAGUAUUUCUGAAAAUUUGGGUAAAUUAUCUUCGGGUGAAUUGGAAUUGGUACCCCUGAAGAAUGCACCCAAAAAGAGGGGUUUGGAAUCAUUGACUGUGGAGGAACUUGAACGUUUCAUUGCCAAUUUGGAAGCCAAGGGCGAGAAUACAAAUCACAUUAAACGCCAUCUGCUAAAUGCCUGUUUCCGUAGCAAAAAGUUGGAAAAAACCUUGGAAGUUGUUGAACGUUUGGAAAAGGAAAACUAUAGCAUGGGAUCGGGUGUCCAUGCCCAGCUAAUUGAUUUGUAUACCUAUCAUGAACGUGUCUCAGAUGCCAUUGCAACAUACAAUAAAAUUAAAGCCAAAGAACCAGAAUUCCGCUUGGAUACCACCAAAACGGUGGGCAUUGUUGAAGUUCUACUCAAAGAGGAACGUUUUGAUGAUGCCUUGAAAUUCCUAGAGGAGAAUAAGAAACCUCAAUCGGUGGCCGAAAGUGAAAACAAUUACAACAAUGCCUCCAAGGUAUGGCGUAUUUUGAAUGGGUUGGCUGAGACUGGCAACGUAGACAAAUUGCAAAAAAUGUUUGAUGCCUUUGUCAAGGGUAACUUCAUACUGCCCACCAACGUUAUUUUGGGUCCAUUGAUUAAGGUCCACCUGGUCAACGAUAACAUUCCCAAGGCAAUGGAGGCAUUUGAGAAAAUCUGCCAAGAAUACAAAUCGACACCAUGGAAAAAUGAGCUGGCUCGUCGUCUGAUUCAAGCCGAGGACGCGAACAAUUUGCAAAAGCUCACCGAUCUUAGCACCAACAUUCACGGCGAAAUUAACAGCCUUUAUGAUUUGGUGUUCUCUUUUGUGGAAUGUGGCCGUGUAAGACAGGCCCGUAAGAUUUUGGAAACUCCUGGCUUGCGUACCAGACCCCAUCGCAUUGAUACCGCCUGUGAACGUUAUAAGAACGAGGGAAUGGUAGAGCCAUUGGAAGGUUUGAUUGAGGCCACACGUGAUCUAAAUCACAUUGAUCGCAACAAGAUCUACUUCAGCCUCUUGCAAAGCUAUUGCAAGACCGAGGAUACCGACAAAGCUUUGGGCCUAUGGACCAAAAUGCAAGAAGAAAAUAUUACACCCAAUGAUGAGUUCUUGGUUAAAUUGGCUGAAUUGUUGGAAUCCAAGAAUAUCCCAGUACCAUUUAUCGUUGAAACUAAACAACAGAUACGUAAAUCGAAAAUAGCCGCUGUGGCCAAGGCCGCUGAGGAAUCUGUAAAGAAACCCGCUGCAGAAAAGUUGUCGAAGAAAUCAACAGCCACUCCUGCUAAAGCCGUGGAAAACAAAACUCCCUCCAACAUCUCUUUGCUACGCAAGGCAUUGAAAAACAACGAUUUGGAAGCUGCCCUUGAAGCCAAAAAUCAAUUGAAACCCAAUGAACAACCCUCGCUAAUGGACAACUCACAUUUGAUUGAAUUGUUGGUGCGGGCUGAUCGUCUCAGUGAAGCCACCAAAUAUGUCAAUGAAAUGUUGGCCUCCAAACUCUAUCCCUUGCCCAAAGUGUUUAAAUUCUAUUUGAAUCGCAUUGCCAACAGUGGUGAUUUGGAGACCAUGCAAAUUAUUGGUCAACAGCUUAACGAGGAACAAAAGCGCAUUAUUUCCUUUGACAAUCGUUACUGCCACGCCAAUAUUGUGGCCGGCAAGGGUGAACAAUAUUUCAAGAAAUUGAGUGAUGAUUUGGCUGCCACCAAAACCCCACAAGAAGUUGCCAAAUUGGCUGAGACAUUCCCACGCGGUGGAGCUUUGGGUAUUUUGGACAAGCAUCCCGAAUUGGUGGAUCAAUUCCAAAAACUCGCCGAAGACUAUGCCAAACACAAUCAAUUGGGUCCCAUGAAUGUCUUAUGGAUUCAUCACAUUUCCAAGGGCAAUGAGGCCGUCUCAAAAAGCAUUUGGGAAAAAUAUCUCUCCAGUGCCCCACGCCUAAUGUUCCAACGUGUGCUGCAAACGGCUCGCGAUCAAAACGACGACAAAUUGGCCGAAAGUGUCAUCAGUCAGUUGCGUGAAUCGAAAAUAUCCGAAGGUGCCAUUGGCAACGCCUAUUCCUGUUUAAUUGACAUACAAACGGCCAAGGGUAAUUCAGGCAAAGCUUUGGAAACUCUCAAGACCGCCAUUAAAGAUGUAUGUUUAGAACACAUCAAUCGUACCGCAUUGCUGCGUCUGAAAUCUGCUCUGGAAGCCGAAAACAAAGAAUUCCCCUACACCAUACCCGAUAAGAAGGCCAAUGCCAAGGGUCAAUCUUCUUCGUCGUCUUCGUCGAGCAGCGACGAUGAUGUUACACCAAAACGACCCGAAACUAGACCCACAAAACCAUCUCAAAAAGAUGCUUAGAUUGACAUUAAUUUAAGUUUUGUUUUUAAAAAAACGUAGUAGU